AUGGCGGAUGAUGCGGAGAAGAUGCGGGCCAGGAGAGAGCGAGCAGCUGCAUGGGCGGCUCAGAGGAAGGCAGAGAUCGCAUCCCAUCCUAGUGAUAGCACAGAUACCAACAUGACAACGAACAACAACUCGAAGGCCGACUUGAACUCGACGGGGAUGAAUCAGUGGGUCAAAAGCGAAACUGGAGCGGAGAGCGCAAGCACGGCAUCUGGGAACGAUAAGGGACACCAACACGCAGCACAGAGCUGGCUCAAUUGGUCGCACCAAGUUGUGGGGAGUGCCGAGAAAGCAAGCAGUGCCAGACAAUCAGAGUCUGGAAUUCGUGCAGAGAUGGUGAGUUGGAAGAACAGGGAGGGUGGGAUACAGACGUUGGCGAAUUCCUACGGAACCCACAACAGUGCUGGUAUGCAGCAAGAAGAGGUUGAAAGGAUACUGGAGGACAUGGACGAAGAUUACCGUUUACCGAGGACCUAUGAGCCGCAAGGAUACAUCGAUGUGUCUCGGUGUGAAAUUGCAACCAUGGAAAAACCGAUUUCUUGUGAUAAUAUUGGAUAUCAGAUGUUGAUGAAAAUGGGAUGGAAGGGCCAUGGAAAUGGACUCGGGCGGUCUUCGCAUGGUAUCGUCGACCCUAUUCCUUUGACGUCAAAAGAUGUCCUGGACCUUGGAUCAAGGAUGGUGCUGCGAGAAACAAAGAUCAAGGAAGAGAUCAAAGAAAUCGUGCGGGUUUUCUAUUGCGAGAUCUGCGAUAAACAAUACACCACGGACGGGCAAUAUCAAGAACACUUGAAUUCUUACGAUCACCAUCACAAAAAGAGAUUUGCAGAAUUUCAAAAAGAGCACAAGGCCAUGAAGGGUGGUCCAACCAUGGAAGAGCGCCAAAGAAAGGAACAGAAGCGGCUUGAGAGGGAGAUUGCUGCUCGCUCAGCAGCUUUCAAGGCUGCAGCAGUAGCACGAUCAGGAGAGACUGAAGAAAAUACUGCAGAACCUCCGAAAGAGCAGGAGCCUGCUCAAAACGAGCUCACAUCCAACUCUGCUCCCGUCAAGUUUGGAUUUGCGUCAAAACCUAAGGCAAAGGCGGUACAAGCCAAAAAGCCAGUAGCUCGACCUCCGGUUAUGGGAUUCGGGGACGAUAGUGACUAA